CCUACACACCCUCUCCCAUUCAUCAUUUUCGUUACCUCUCUCUAGACAUCACCGAUACAGCCACAGCCUCCAUCUUGAUUCUUGACCACUCGUCUCCUCCUCUCAGUAAAUCUAUCUAUCUCACAAACACAGCAAAAAAACAAGAAAAAAAUUAUAUAUACACACAGUAUUGUAUUGAAUUGUACAUUUGUACCCCAUAAUUCCCUGGCCAAGGUAGAGAUACAGAUUCCAAAAAAUAACUAGUAUUAUUGUAUAUUUAUGAUGGCGGAGCUGGCGGCGUCUGAAGUUUACGCGCCACGUACAAUACAGCUUUGGAGGGCACUCUUGAACUGGUUGGCCUUCUUCUUCCAGAUCUUCGCUCAGGUCCUCCGGGGAACUCCUUCGUUCACUCAGGUCCUCUCGUAUGUCGGCCUGCAUCACGGCUCCUUGCUGUCUCCUCCUCACGCUCCGCCUCAUUUUAAGCCUUUGCCGGUAGUUGAGCUGUCGGAGUUUGGAGAAGACCCACCUUCACCGCCUACACACCCACCCCUGGCCUCCUCUGUUCCAAUAGCCGGUGGAGGGAGGGUGCUAGUUGCUUCGUCUUUGGAGAAGCUAACGGUGGUUCUUGACUUGGACGAAACUCUGGUCUUUGCAUAUGAGACGUCAAGUUUGCCUGCUGUGAUACGUGCUCGGGCCACUGAAGCUGGUUUGAAAUGGUUUGAACUAGAAUGCGUCUCAUCUAAUAAGGAAUUUGAAGGCAAACCUAAGAUCAACUAUGUGACAGUGUUUGAACGUCCUGGAUUGAAAGACUUUCUAGAACAACUAAGUGAAUUUGCAGAUCUUGUGUUAUUUACUGCUGGACUUGAAGGCUAUGCCAGACCACUUGUUGACAGAAUAGAUGCUGAAAAUCGAUUCAGUCAUAGGCUGUAUCGGCCUUCAACAAUUAGCACGUAAGUGUAGAAGCUUAUGUAGUGUGGUGAAUUUGUAUACAGUACUCAUGCCAUUUUUGCAUGUUCCUUACGGCUUAAUGUCUUUGAUGUAUUCAAUGGCAGCGGAGGUCGGGUGGUCUUAUAUUCUUUUCUUUAUACAAGACUCAUUAAUCAUUAACAAGAUAUCUUUAUAUAUUUCUAAGAUGUAUUAUAUUUGACUAACAUGAAAGAUAAAAGAGAGAGAAAUAUAAGUACAAUAGUCAGGAGAUACACUAAAGCAUCUACUAUUAUUCAUGCUGGUAUACAUGUCUUGCGGUAUUAUAAUAACAUCAAAGACAUGAACGACCUGUCAACUUCAGCGUUUAUAGCCCUCUCAUUAGUCAUAAUUUUUGAAACAAAUAUUAGAGUGAAUGGGGUUGCUUAUAAGCAUUUUUAGGGGUUGAUUACAAUGCAUAUAAGCAGAAAAUGUUUAAUAUCGCUUAUAAACACUAGCUUAUAUUUAUAGGAAAUUCUUUUUGACAAAUUAGUCUAGCCUCACGAAAAUAUUUUUGGACAUUUCAUUCGAUAGUUUCUUCCAGUGCCAAAUGGCAAUUGGGAGAACUAAACAUAUAUUUUUUUUUUUUGAAAGCUUUUGUUAAUUUUAUAUCUUCUUUUGUAAUCUUAGAUUUUUGAACUAGUUUCUAUUCUUUUUGUACUCUGCUUAUUGCACAAUUAGAUAAUUUUAUUUUAUUUGAGUUUUCAGUGGUAGGCAUUAGGUUUGGACCUCUAGCAAUAAAAUUCAAAUAAACAUAAGAUUGACUCAUCCUUCCUCUUAUCUCUCUUUUAUUUAUUUAUUUUUUUUUUUCCGCUGUUGAAUCUUGGAAGCUAGAAUCCAUGCACUAAGUCACACCGUACUAUGUUUAUAUGUUGGAUAAUAUUAUGUUGUUAUGAUUGGCUCUUGGUAGAAGUCUUCAACUCCCCUUUCUUCCCCUCAAAAUAAUUUCACAUAAAUAGGGCAGUCCAUUUGAGUUCAAGAAAGGGGAAGCUUGAAUAAAAUUACAGUGUUCAUAAAUUAUGUCAAUCGUUGCAUGUGGCCUUUCAAGAUCUCACGUGAAUUUCUGAGUUUGGUACAGUGUUCGAAGAAUUAUUUUCUAUUCAAGGUCAUGUUGGAAAAACAAUGAAUUCUUUGUUUUCUUACUUUCUGGAAUAGGAGAAUACAAAAGGUCUUAAUUUCAAUUUUUUUUUUUAAGACUAUCUAGAUUAAGUUUGCUAGCAGUUAUUUUCAAUUUCCAAAUUGGAAGUUGGAUUGCUAAUAGAAUAGUACAAGUCUAAGUUGAAAUAUGACUUCCAUUUUUAUUCACAAUCACAUAAAUUUUGUUAUUUUUUCCCUCUUGCAUUGCAUGAUGCAUUUUGUCAGGGUGCAACAUGCCUAUGAAUUCUAGGAAUGAUUCCAUGAAAAUCAGUUCUUUCCUCAUCUUCUUUUCAUAUAUUUUCCAGAGUCGAAAUCUCUAAACGUAAUAAAUCUGAAUGGAAUUUUGCUGUGCACAAGCAUUCAUAACCACAAGCAUUAUGUAGCUCAUAUCUUUUCCAUAAAAAAUGUCUCCUACAACUUCCACCCUGCAUCCAAAUGCAAAGCAGAAAUACCGCUGCUGAUCAUAUGUGCACCCCAUACCACCAGGCAGCAUAAAGAAAGCUUUUUUUAUGCUUCAACGACCAACUCCAUCAGCAUAGUAGCUGAGUAGCUGAACCACCAUAGCCAACGGAACUUCCAGAAAUGUAUUGUCUUCCACACGACUUAAAAUUUCAAGUCCACUUUUAGAGUUAAUUUUUUUGUUUCUGGG